GGCCGGGAGCGGCCAAGCCGCGUCCUGAGGGCUCUCCUGCCUUUCCCGUACCUGGCAGCCGCUCCGGGAGCUCCGUGCCCGUCUAUGGAGCUGUGGCAGGUGCCGCUGAGCUUCUCCCGCCUCCGCAUGUUCCCUUUUUUCGACCUAGCGCAUUAUGUCGCCUCCGUCCUGGCGCUGAAGGAGCAGCGGGGAGUUGUGGAAGUGUCGAUCCGAAGUCCGUUGGCCUGCUGGUUUAGUGCAAUGCUUUAUUGCUUUGGGGGUUCAGUUUUGUCUUCGUUGAUGCUUGGUGAACCUCCAGUAGCAUUUCUGGCAAAGACCAUAAAUAUUCUCCUGGCAUCCUCAGUCUGGUAUCUAGUGUUUUACUGCCCAGAAGACAUAUUCUGCCGCUGCUUUUCCUUUUUGCCUCUUCGUCUUCUGAUGGCAGGAAUGAAAGAAGUCACAAGGACUUGGAAGAUCACAGAUGGCAUUGCACAUGCAGACACUGUCUACAAAGAUGCCUGUUUUAUCAUGGUGGCUGUGGGCUGGGCCAGAGGUGCUGGUGGUGGCUUAAUUUCCAACUUUGAGCAGCUGGUGAGAGGAGUGUGGAAACCUGAAACCAAUGAGCUUCUGCAGAUGUCCUACCCUGUGAAGGUAACUUUAAUAGGAGCAAUUCUUUUCACCCUGCAACGCAGACAGUACUUGCCAAUAGCAAAACACAACCUUGUGUUUUUAUACACCAUCUUUCUUGUUGUCUUCAAGCAGAUAUCUGGCAAUUUUAAGAGCUUCAGAGCUGGUGUUGAACAGAUCAGAGAAUGUGUGGAAGAGUGGUUGCCAGUCUCCUUUCUGUGAAGGAGCUGACAAGUUUAAUUCUGCAGAAGUUUCUUUAGGGAGCCAAGACUUGAAGCUUAUGUCCUUGAUUUUCCAUCUGAAAUUAUAAAGGCAUUGUUGAACUGUGGAUGCUGGAAAUGAAGAAGGAAAGGAAUGCUAUUCUGGAAGUGAGAAAUUGCAGGUGUCCACAGAGGCUGGCUGUCCGGCUGUGCUGGAGUAACUUAACCCUUACACUGAUGGUUGUACUGACAGGAACUCAACCACCCACCUAACUAACAAACUAAUAAAGCAACAGUGUAUCUGAUAUAGUCCUUUAAUAACAUCUCCUAGAAACUUGUCAUGUCUCUGAAAGCUGUAGAAACUGUUGCAAUAUAAACUUCUCUAGUACCCAGAUCUGAAAACCAGGUUUUUCAAUCCUGAUUCCAAGUUACGUGUCCUAAGGGGUACCCACCUAAAUCUCUGAACUUUAUGGAAUGAAUAUGGCUGUCUGGAAUUAUAAUCAAAGUCUGGUUAUGGACCUAUACAUUCAAAAUGGAAUUACACAUUCCAAUUUAAGUGGAAGGAAGGCACUCUGUUUAGUUUUUCAGUUUGAACAAGGCACAAAACUUGAACAUAAAAGUUGGUCUUCACCUUAAAUGUAUGGCAUUAAAUGUGAUUUACUCUCAGGAUGAUUAAUCUUACACAGAGGUUUUUUUGUGCACAUUGUUUGUGUAUAGCUCAUAGAAACAUAGAGUCAUACGAUGUUAAGGGCUGGAAGGGGCCUCAAAGAUCAUCCAGUUCCAUCCCCCUACCAUGGGCAGAGUCUCCUUCUACUAGGCCAGGCUUUUCAAGGCUUUAUCCAACCUGGUCUUGAACAUUACCAGGGUUUGGGGUAUCAGCAACAUCUCAGGUCAACCUGUAUCUCACCACCCUCACAGUAAAGAAUUUCUUCCUAGAAUCCAGCUUAAAUUUCUCCUCUUUCAAUCUGUACCCAUUCCCCCUUGUCCUUUUGCUACAGUUCCUGAGGAAAAAUCUCUCUCUGGCCUCCCUGUAGAUCCCCUUUGUAGCUGUGUGAAGAGGGUUGGUCAGAAAGAAAAGCAUUCUUUGACCGAUUUCAGCUAAAAUGAGCAGAUUUCUGUUAGUGGUGGCACAGCCUUAUCCUUGUAUAGAAAGUUAAAAAUGCCAUACACCCCUUCAGCUUUGAACUUGUUUACCUGUGAAGCCAUCACAACUUUUAUUGUAACUUGAUCCUUGUUCUUCAUAGGUAAAAAUGAUGUUGACAAGGUGUGCAACUUCUCCACUUGCUCCCUUUGAGGCUGCAGUGGGCCAAAUAUUUUUUGGCUCACAAAAGACA